AUGGCCAGCGUCGAAGCCUCCAAGCGGGCCGCCGCCCAAGUCGCAGUCAAGAACCACUACCCUCUCAACGCAAAAUGGGUCGGAAUCGGUAGCGGCACAACCAUCGUCUACGUUGUGGAAGCCAUCAAAGAAUUGGGGAUUGACACCACUUUGACCAGAUUUGUGCCUACGGGCUAUCAAUCGAAACAACUCAUCACAAAGGCUGGAUUGACGGCUGUAGAGUUUGAUGCUAUUCCAGAGGGGACUGUGCUCGACGUCGCAUUCGAUGGCGCGGAUGAGGUCGAUGAUGAUUUGAAUUGUAUCAAGGGUGGUGGUGCUUGUCUUUUCCAGGAGAAGAUUGUUGCGCUUCAAGCAAAGGAAUUCAUUUGUGUCGCUGACUCCCGUAAACUCCAAAAGCGCCUCCUGAGCAACUGGAAAUACAUCCCCAUCGAAGUCGCACCUAUAGCCGCAAACCGGGUUGUGCGCAAAUUGACCGAAAUGGGCAGCAUCAAACCCGUCAUUCGUCUCAAUACUGUCGCCAAAGAAGGCCCCCUCAAGACAGAUCAGGGCUUCUUCAUCGUCGACGCCCCCUUCCUCCCUCUCCUAACACCAUCGGACGUCAAGGCCGGCAAGGACGGCAGUGGUAAUGGCGGUAUCUGGGAAGUUGAGACUCUUGCGACGAAGAUCAAGGCGAUCCCGGGUGUUUUGGAAGUGGGCAUUUUCUGUGGAGUGACUGGUCCUCAGGCCCAGGCUUCAGGAUCUAUUGGUGGGCAGAAGCCUGUUGCUGCAUAUUUCGGUAUGCCGGAUGGCUCGGUUGCUGUCCGGAAGGCUGCCGAUUAG